GUAUAAAAGUAUAGAAUGCCAGUUAUAUAUUCAAUAAACACUAGUAACAAGUUUGCUGCAUUGAGUGUGAGUGAUGAUGAGGGUGAACCUGUUAAACCACAAUUAGAAGAGAAACUAAAAAAGUCUGAGCAGAUAAUUAUUAAGAACAAUAUUAGUAAUAAUAAAUCUAAUAUAGAAGUUAACUCCCGAAGUGAGGAGGCAAUAAUCUCGAGUCAGGUACCUGUAAAUAAUAUUGAAAAGGACUUAAGAGGUCGUAGAAGAGGUGGUAGUAGUAUUUGUAGAGGUAGUAGAGGUGGUUACAUUGAUCAUCAUGGAAGGACAUUCGAUCGUCGUGAUGGGUCAGGUAGAGGUCGUAGAAUUCCUAAACAUGGAGCUGGAGUUGGUAAUUGGGGCACAACUGAAGAUGAAGUUAAGGCUGGAACUAAAGUAGAUAAUAGUAUGACCAACUUUCAAGAAAAUGAACAUCAUUCAGUUGAAGAUUGCAAUAAUAAUACGGGAAUGAACAAAGUAGAUGAUUCACCAUUAAUAGUUAGCUAUGAAGAUUACAUGAAACAAUUAGAUGCAAAACGGAUUGGAGUUAAGCAAGAUACCUAUAUAGAAACUAAUAAUAUUCAGAAAGAUUUUGAGAAAGAAGAUUUAAAGCGAUAUGUUAGACAAUAUGGAUCUACUAAUUCAAGUAUUAAGAAACAGCGUUCACCAAGGAAUUUUAAUAAGAAUGAAAAAACUAAACUAAAUUACUUUGAAUUAGCUGCACAAUAUGGACGUAGGGCUACAGGUCGCAGAGAUAAUAAUUUUAAUAGAAAAGAGAAAGGUGAUACUAAUUCUAAUUUACGUACAGCAAAAGUAUCUGGGAGACGUGAGGCACCAGAUGUUACUGACAUUCGUGCAUUUCCAGAACUUAGCAAUUCUUCAUCAUAGUUUAUUAUUACAAUUUUAACUAGCUUAACAAAUAAUAAAUUACUUGUACUA